GUCGAGAAAACAUAAAAUUUUCUAUGAUUAGGCAAAAUACAACAAAAAUUACACAAAAAAUUGUUUGUUGGCUAAGGAGAAAUUGAAGGAAUAAGUCUUUGAGAGAGCCCAUCUCUCUCUCUCUCUCUCUCUCUCACCCUUUGCUUAUUCUCCUAUCAUCAUCAUAUCAUCAUCAUCUUCUUCUUCUUCAUUGCCAAAAUAGAGAGAGAGAGAGCCUAAACAGAGAGAAGGAGAGGGCGUAAAAGAGCAGACGGUGGCGCACCGUAGCACCGCCCCCUCCUAAACUGCGCCUAUCUUCUUCCUAAGCCAUUUUUUUAGUUUUCCGAUUUGAGGGAUAAUAAUAAGAAUUAUUCCUCUCCUCGUCUCUCAGAUGCAUUCACCUACAAAACUCUGGCAGACAUCAAAGGAACCCUAGCUGCUUAUCUCCGGUCUUACAUCGCCUCUCGGUGGUUUGAUUUGAAAUACAAGAAGAAGAAACGGAUUCGUCGUGGUCGUCUCAGGAUGCUUUGGAUCAUGAGAUUCUCCGGUUUAUUCUCCGCCGCUUUGGUCAUCAUCGUCCUUUCUCCUUCUCUCCAAUCCUUCCCCCCAGCGGAGGCUAUCAGAUCCUCUCACCUCGACGCUUACCUCCGCUCCGAUCCACCGCCGCAUAGAGUCUCCUUCAGAAAAGCUCCCGUGUUCCGCAAUGCGGCCGAUUGCGCCGCCGCCGACAUCGAGUCCGGCGUCUGUAACCCUUCCUUGGUCCACGUCGCCAUCACUCUCGAUUUCGAGUACCUCCGAGGGUCGGUGGCCGCCGUGCACUCGAUUCUGAAGCAUACGUCGUGUCCAGAGAGCGUCUUCUUCCAUUUCCUCGUCUCGGAGACUGGCCUAGAAUCCUUGAUUCGUUCGACUUUCCCCGAAUUGAGGUUCAAGGUUUACUACUUCGAUCCUGAGAUUGUGCGGACUCUCAUCUCCACCUCCGUGAGACAAGCGCUCGAGCAGCCGUUGAAUUACGCCAGAAACUACCUGGCUGGUCUCCUCGAGCCUUGCGUGCGUCGCGUGAUCUACCUGGAUUCCGAUCUCGUCGUCGUCGAUGACAUCGCCAAGCUCUGGAAGACGAAGCUGGGCUCGAAGACGAUCGGGGCCCCCGAGUACUGCCACGCCAACUUCACAAAGUAUUUCACGGCGGCGUUCUGGGCAGACGAGCGGUUCUCCGGGGCAUUCUCGGGGAGAAAGCCGUGCUACUUCAACACAGGGGUGAUGGUGAUGGAUCUAGAGAGAUGGAGGCGCGUGGGGUACACGGAGGUGAUAGAGAAAUGGAUGGAGAUUCAGAAGAGUGAUAGGAUAUACGAGCUGGGGUCGUUGCCGCCGUUCUUGCUGGUGUUCGCCGGAGAAGUAGCUCCGAUAGAGCAUCGGUGGAACCAGCACGGGCUAGGUGGAGAUAACGUGAGAGGAAGCUGUAGAGAUCUACAUCCAGGCCCGGUUAGCUUGCUUCAUUGGUCCGGUAGUGGUAAACCGUGGUUCCGGUUAGAUUCGAGACGGCCUUGUCCCCUUGAUUCCCUUUGGGCACCAUAUGACUUGUAUGGACGCUGAUGACCUCAUCAUCAUCAUCUCUCCUCUCCUCUGUUACAUUUUUUACAUAUUAUAGUCUCAGCUGGUAAAUUCUCUCAUCUCCUUCACCGGACAACCCAAACAUAUUUAUUCUUUCUUCUUUCUCCAAUUUUUUUUUUUAAUGAUUAAUGAUUUUUACAGACUUUUGGAAUUUGUUUCGUCCUCCUCUGUAUUCUAUUCGAUUGUUCUGUGCAUGAAAUAAUUUAUAAAAAGAAAAAAAAAAAAACUGAAAAGAAGAAGAAGAAGAAGAAGAUAGGAGAUACAUUCAGAUUUGUUGAGAAUCUUUGUUGUACAGACUUUUUUUUGUUUUAAUAUUACCAUUUAUAUAAUUCUUUCAUCUUGUUUUUACUUAAUUAUAACUAAUUAUCCCAUUAUAUAGUUUGUAGUGUGAUCCUAAUUAAAACAUAAGUAGGGGAUGAAAAGAUUCACGGACAGUAAUUGGUUUCCUCUUGCUCUGCAAUGUUUGUAGUCUAUAGUUUUUCCUUCCUAUUGGAAAAUGAUAUGGAAACAUGGCAAAAGGCAAAGAGGAAGAAGGACACGACACUUCGGACGUCUAUGGUUCUAUUUUUUUAAAAGAAGAUGGUGUGUCGGUCUCUUUGCUUACUUCACUUUUUUAUCUUCUUCUUUUUUUUGUUCUUUUUAGAGCUUCGACUCUUCAUUAGUGGGGAGUGAAUAUAAUAGAGAGCUUUGAAAUUGAUAUGUACAUGUUAUAUGUAAACCUUAUGAUGAUGGCAUAAAGCGUCGUCACACUUUGAUU